AAGCAAACAAACACAGCCUCUUCUUCUCUCUUCUCUCCGAUGGAUACCACCACCACCAAAUUCUUAUGCAGUUACGGCGGCAAGAUCCUCCCUCGUUAUCCAGAUGGCAAGCUCCGUUACCACGGUGGUCAAACUCGUGUACUGGCCGUUGACCGCUUCAUCUCUUUCUCUGAAUUAAUGGUGAAACUUGGUGAAUUGUGUGGGAGCUCUGUGAUUUUGAGAUGUCAACUGCCGACAGAGGACUUAGAUGCGCUUGUAUCUAUCACCUCCGAUGAGGAUCUCGUCAAUCUCAUCGAGGAAUAUGAUCGGCAAGCUACUCAACAAUCAAAAUCUCUCAAAAUCAGAGCGUUUUUAUGGCUUCCAAAGAGACUCUCUCCAACUUCUUCCACCGCCUCUGCCUCUGGAUCUUCUUCCUCAACCAGCACUGUCACACAUGAGGCAGGAUCACCAAAAUCUCCUAUUUCAUACACCUCCUACUCCGUCACGAGAUUUCCUGUUAUCGCCACGAAUCGCUGCAUCCAUCAUCUAUCAAAGCCACCGGUUAAAAUUCCAGUUCGCUACAACAAAUCUGCCGGAAAGCUUCCGUAUCAUGCUUACGGGAACUGUAGCCGGAGUUACCUCGUUCACAGUGGCAACCAUUGGCAAUAACAAAUCUAGAUCUAGCAGUGACUUCGAUUUUCGGAUGGGGAAUAUUAAACAUCAUCUCCACAUAUGAAAAAAACGAGCGAUCAAGCUAUAAGAUAAAUAAAAAUUAAUCGAACUUAAACGAAUCAGGAGAUAUAUGCAAUGUAUGAUUGGACUGUGAAUCAUAUAAGAUGUAGAUCGGUGUUUUUACAAUCCAGUGACUGACAAUGCAUUCGUGAGCUAAAAAACCCUAAAUUCAGUCCAA